GUUGGUCUACGGAGCGUGUUAGCCUCUUUAGCCUGUGUGCACCAGGUCCAUUUUAUGUGCCAACCUGACACCGGUACAUUAACGCUGGCGACACAACGCUUCACUGUCAACAUAAUCUUCCUGCUGCUGCUCCUCUCAGCCUAGAUCUUGGUUGUAGCCCUGCUGUGAGGAGUUUGGGUCUACUGGUGGGUGGAGCACCUCUCUCCAGCAGCCAUGUCGGGCUUCAAUCUACUGCAUCUAAUAACCAAGAGCCAGCCUGUAGCUCUGAGGUCCUGCAGUCUUCCCUCAGGAGCACGUAGGACUAAGAAGACAUGGCCAGUGAGCUUCCCUCAGGAGGAGCUGAAGAAACGCCUCACACCGGCGCAGUACCAUGUUACCCAGGAGAGAGGAACCGAGAGUGCCUUCACUGGAGGGCUCACACUUAAUAAAGAUGAGGGGACCUACACUUGUGUUGUCUGCAGCACCCCGCUGUUCAGCUCGGACACUAAAUUUGACUCUGGAUCGGGUUGGCCGUCCUUCUUUGACCUUAUGAAGGAGGAAUCCAUCACUGUGACGGAUGAUUUCUCCUAUGGGAUGCACAGAGUGGAGGCUACCUGCAGCCAGUGUGGCGCUCACCUGGGACACCUGUUUGAGGAUGGACCAAGACCCACAGGCAAACGCUACUGCAUCAACUCGGCCUCAUUGGGUUUCCAGGCCAAAGAUGCGACCUCCUCCACCUCCGAGGGUGGAGCUGCCGGCAGCUCGGCGAGCGAUGGGAAGACGGAGCUCUGAAAAGACACUCAUGAACCACAGCGGACUGACACCUGCGUAGGGAGAGCUCACAUGCAUACAAUUAGUUCUGGUUCUGUGGUUUUGAUUCGCAAUGUAAAAGUAGACAAGGUGAUAAUAAUGUGAAAGGAAGGAAGGAAGGAAGGAAGGAAGGAAGGAAGGAAGGUAAGGUGCUCAGGCCUCACACACAGACCCUGUACCAUGUAUAAUCUAUCACAAGCUUCCAAAACAGUCAAAGCUGCAAGACUCACUGUAUCAGCUGAUCGCCUUAAAGGGAACUUCUUUUCCCUUAAUACCCUUUAAUGUUCUAGAUCUGGGUAGUAGUAGCAUUUGGCCUGCUAAUUUAAGUGCUGUGUAGUAGUAGACACACACACACACACACACACACACACACACACACAUAUACAUAUAUAUAUA